GUAUUGGAAUGUUUCUAUAUUUUGUAAAUAUUUUUAAUAUUAAUAUAUUUGAUUUGGUGAAAAAAAAGUAAAAUUACUGCAAAGACUUCACACGGUUUUUUACCCCUCACGUUUAUAUUUUAUACAAAGAAAUCGUCAAGCCUACGUGUAAAUAUACGCCCCCCACAUAUUGUGGAAUUAACAAAACACGUUUUAUAAAUUUUGAAACAAGCGAUUUAGUAUUAGUUAAUGGUUUACCCAUACCCGUCGACUUUUCUAAAAACAUUUCUCAUGUCAAAACAAAAUAAGAAAGAAAGUUGGUCAAACCAUGCAUUUCACACACUAUGUAUUUGUGUAAACAUUCAUGCACCAUUUGAAUUUCAACUUUAGUGGGGAUCUUCAUCAUAUCUCCCUCCAUAUGAAUUCUCGAGACCUAGCUAUCAAAUAUUAUUUAAUUCAGUGUCUAUGAAUAAAUAAUAACAUAUAUCAAUAUGUGAUUUUUUCCAGUUUUCUCUAGUAUAAAACUCUUAAAUCACUUGUAAUCAAUUUCCUGGAAAUGCAAAACAAACCUAACAAUUCUCUAUAAACACACACCAUUGGCCGACAAAAAGAAAAAAAAAACAAAUUCUCUAUAAACCAUCGGAUAUGCAAGGAGCCCGUACGUGGUUGGGCCCAAAAGCCCAAAUAUUUGUGGGCCUAAUGGAAUCUUUUUUUAAGAAAAAAAAAAACAAUCGUAGUUCGAUUUAAUAACUCUUCUCCGGCGAGGUAGCUGAAUCCCCGGUAUCGGAGAUGAUGGGAUCGACGUUGUUCAGGAAGAGAUGUUUGGUCAAGAGAGCGAAUUGUUUACUUUUCCGGUCGUUUUCCGUUAACAAUGAGAAACUUCCCGACGCAUCAGCUGAAAUAGCGGGAAUUCUCAACCAAGGGAACUGGCGUGAGACUCUGGUAUCUUCGAAUCUUUCGAUCGAGAUAAACCCAGAAGUAGUUCUCUCCGUUUUACGAUCCAAACGCGUCGAUGAUCCUUCUAAGCUUUUGAGUUUCUUCAAUUUGGUUGAUUCUCAAAAAGUCACGGAGCAGAAAUUGGAUUCGUUUUCGUUUCUCGCUUUGGAUUUGUGUAAUUUCGGUAGUAUUGAGAAAGCUCAUAGUGUUGUAAUCCGGAUGAUUGAGAGGAAGUGGCCUGUAGCUGAGGUUUGGAGUUCGAUUGUGAGAUGUUUACGAGAGUUUGUGGGAAAGAGUGAUGAUAGAGUUCUUCUAUUUGGGAUCUUGAUUGAUGGAUACAUUGAAAAAGGUUUUUUAGAUGAAGCUGUAUUUGUGUUUUCUAGCACUAAGGAUUUGGAUUUGGAUUUGGUUCCUAGUUUGGCACGAUGUAAUCAUUUGUUGGAUGCGUUGUUGAAGAGGAACCGUCUGGAUUUGUUUUGGGAUGUGUAUAAGGGGAUGGUUGAGAGAAAUGUAGUAUUUGAUGUUCAGAGUUAUGAGAUGUUGAUUGGUGCACAUUGUAGGGAUGGGAAUGUUCAGUUGGCAAAAGAUGUUCUUCUCAAAACCGAGGAAGAAUUGGGGACGGCAACGUUGAAUGUGUAUAGUUUGGUAGUUGAAGCUUUGUGUAAGAAGGGAGAUCUGGAUGAAGCACUUGAGCUGAAGAAGUCGAUGAGUUGCAAAGGAUUGGUGCCAUCGAGGCAAUCAUACAAUUUACUUAUAGAUGGGUUGUGUAAGCAAAAGAGACUAGAAGAUGCUAAAUCGUUGCUGGUAGAGAUGAAUAGUGUUGGUUUGUUUGCUGAUAAUGUUGCUUAUAGUAUACUGAUUGAUGGUUUACUGAAGGGUAGAAAUGCAGAUGCUGCGAACGGACUAGUCCAUGAGAUGGUUUCACAUGGAUUUAGCAUCGAUCCUAUGAUGUAUGAUUAUUUUAUUUGUGUGAUGUCAAAGGAAGGGGCGAUGGAGAAGGCAAAGGCUCUCUUUGAUGGAAUGAUCACAUUCGGAGUGACACCAGGUGCUCGGGCUUAUGCUAGUUUGAUCGAAGGAUUCUUUCGAGAAAAGAAUGUACGUAAAGGUUAUGAGUUACUUGUUGAAAUAAAAAAGAGGAACAUUGUCAUAUCUCCGUAUACUUAUGGUACAGCGGUGAAAGGCAUGUGUUCUUCUGGGGAUCUCGAUGGAGCUUAUAACAUUGUGAAGGAAAUGGGUGCAAGUGGUUGCAGACCCAAUGUGGUUAUAUAUACCACAUUGAUCAAAACCUUUCUCCAGAAAAGUAGGUUUGGAGAUGCAGUGAGGGUGUUAAAAGAAAUGAGAGAACAAGGAAUCGCACCUGACACCUUUUGCUACAAUUCCCUUAUAAUUGGUCUUUCAAAGGCUAAAAAAAUGGAUGAAGCAAGGUCGUUUCUGCUUGAAAUGGUCGAGAACGGAUUUAAGCCUGAUGCUUUCACCUAUGGGGCUUUUAUCAGUGGAUAUAUAGAGGCAGGGGAAUUUGCAUCUGCAGAUAAGUAUGUGAAAGAGAUGCUGGAAUGUGGUGUAAUUCCAAAUAAGGUUCUUUGCACGGGUUUGAUCAAUGAGUAUUGCAAAAAGGGGAAAGUAAUAGAGGCAUGUUCAGCAUUCAGAUCCAUGGUUGAACAAGGGAUCCUGGGGGAUGCUAAAACAUACACUGUUCUUAUGAAUGGUCUUGUUAAAAAUGGUAAAGUAAAUGAUGCCGAAGAGAUUUUCCACGAAAUGCGUGGAAAGGGUAUUGCACCUGAUGUAUUCUCUUAUGGUACUCUCAUUGAUGGAUUUUCUAAGUUGGGAAAUAUGCAGAAGGCUUCUAGUAUUUUUGAUGAGAUGGUUCAAGCAGGUUUGACUUCUAAUGUUAUCAUAUACAACAUGUUACUUGGUGGCUUCUGCAGAUCUGGUGAAAUCGAAAAAGCUAAGGAACUGCUUGACGAAAUGUCAGGUAAAGGUUUUCCCCCGAAUGCAGUGACCUACUGUACAAUUAUAGAUGGAUAUUGCAAAUCUGGUGAUCUGGCUGAGGCUUUUCAGUUAUUUGAUGAGAUGAAACUAAAGGGAUUAGUUCCUGAUAGUUUUGUGUACACAACACUCGUGGAUGGGUGUUGCAGAUUGAACGAUGUCGAAAGAGCUAUAACCAUCUUUGAGACAAACGAGAAGGGUUGUGCUUCUAGUUCCGCCCCUUUCAAUGCUUUGAUCAAUUGGGUUUUUAAGUUUGGAAAAACAGAAUUAACAACAGACAUGAUAAAUCGGCUAAUGGAUGGGUCGUUUGAUAAGUUUGGCAAGCCCAAUGAUGUAACAUACAACAUUAUGAUUGAUUAUCUAUGUAAGGAAGGAAACUUGGAAGCUGCAAAGGAGCUCUUUCACCACAUGCAGAAAGCUAAUCUGAUGCCUACUGUUAUAACUUACACAUCUCUUCUAAACGGGUAUGAUAAAAUGGGUAGAAGAUCUGAAAUGUUUUCUGUAUUUGAUGAGGUGAUUGCUGCAGGAAUUGAACCAGACAACAUAAUGUAUAGUGUUAUCAUCAAUGCUUUCCUGAAAGAAGGGAUGACGACAAAAGCACUUGUGCUUUUGGAUCAAAUGUUUGCUAAGAACGCUGUUGAUGAUGGGUGUAAGCUAAGUAUUUCAACAUGCCGGGCUCUACUCUCUGGUUUUGCCAAAGUGGGAGAAAUGGAGGUAGCUGAGAAGGUUGUGGAGAACAUGGUUCGACUCAAGUAUAUUCCUGAUUCUUCGACUGUUAUUGAGUUAAUCAAUGAAAGUUGCAUUUCCUCAAACCAGAGAAUGGCAGCUGAUGCAGCUCCUUAGAUUUUUAGACGGAAAGCCAAAAGCAAAUAAACUUCUUCUUUUUCGUUGUGGCUAAAAAGGAGUCUGUUGGCUCUGGUUUGGUUUACUGCCAAUUUCUUGGCCAACAUGAAAAUUGCUGAAGGUUUGCAAUUGUGUCAAAAGUUACCAUUAAGAAUUUGGAGUUGCUGUUCCUGAAACAACUUGUGUCUGCUCAUAAACUCUUCUGGACCAAUUCAUUUGCUCCAGAACGGAUUUGCCUUCAGCUAGACAUGUUGGAUCUCAUUGAUUUUACAUGGCAGUAGUUUCCAUUAUGAUGACGACAAUCAGAAGUUGACGAUGAAAGGGAGACGCAUCUGAACUGUUUAUCCUGUAAAUUCCUCAAUGUUUAGGCUCGGAAAACUCCUGUUCAAGAACAGAAAUGACAAUUCUAUACUGAAUGUUCAUGUAUAAAAGAUUUGAUGUACUGAAUGUUACUAUGAUGAUCAAAUUAUAUAAAGUUCUUUAUUCAUCA